UGUGCCCCCCCUAUAUAUUGUUCCUAGAGUCGCCACUGGAUACAAUAGAAAAUGACUUUCAAUGUUCAUGACGGAUCUGUCUUGGCUAUGUUAAAGAUAAUAUAACGGAUGCAGAAGUAACGGAAGCAUUUUUGCUGAACCCUACCGGAUCCAGCAAAAAUGCUAGUGUGAAAGUAGCCUGAUACCAACAUCCUUUAUUCAGGAGGAAACCCAUACACACAGAGACCAUUGGCCAAAAAGCUGUUACCACCACAUCCGGCCCUUAGAUUAGAAGCAGCGCGCCUCUGCUAUGAACACUCAGCCAAGACAGAAGAUGGAAGCUUCAUCUCUGCUACAUUUCCUGCUCAUCGUGCAUCUGACCUUCUCAAGAUCUGCAGUAAAUGGGCAAAAACAGGUGGCGGUGAAACAACCAGAGGUGGUGAGAGCAGAGGCAGGAGGAUCGGUGGCCAUCACCUGCUCUUUUGCAUCUGAUAUUCCCUCCUACUCUGUGACAUGGACCUUAGGGUGCAAUACUUCUGAGAAACUUCAGGAUCUCACGUGUUUCCAACGCAGGAUAAACAUCUCUUACCCAGAUCCUGGUCAGACACCACACAGCCCACAUGGAGAACCCAACUAUGAGGUGAAUGUGACAAUCACUAUCAUCAACCUGACAGAGAACGACUCAGGAACCUUCUGUUGUCAUGUAAAGACUCCUAAUAUGGCGGGAACUGGACCCGGAACAAGACUGGAGGUCACUCCGAGAUCUAUUCCUGCAGAGCCCAUUCAAGCAGUGUGCCUCCUAGUGGAAAUCAUACACAUCGCCUGCCUCAUUGUCCUAAUCAUACUCCUGGGCAUUGCUGUCAAGAAGUCCUGUUAAUGCGCCAUCUUCGCUUAUGACCCCCUAUAUACUAUUGGUUUCCUUUCUCUAUAGUAUAUUAGUAAUGAUCGGCACAAAGCCUCAUACCUGAAUUGGACGACCGCACGACAGACCACACAUUGAUAAUCAGCUGUGAUUUUAGAGCUGCUGUAAGAAUUGAUAAAGUGAUACUCUGACGAGAGACGUACGUGCCAAUGUCUUUUACAAGCUGGGCCACAAAAAAGGGUGGAGUUUGCAUAGAAUUUGCAUGAAAAUGGGUGUGUCUGGCAGGUUUAGGGCGUGGCUUCCAGGUGACAGACGUCUCUCCUUCCCUGUCUUUGCUCCUCUCUCUCUCUUA